GUACCCGGAUGAUUAGCCGAAGCAAGGAACAUCGCUCAGAGAUUCCAAAUUCGACCCAUCUGACAAUACUUGUCUACCAUCAUCAAGAUAUCAGUUUUUUCUGGGUUUGGAGUGCUAUUUAUAUGAAACUGGCAGUGAAAACAUAGUUACAUCAAAUUGUUUUGAAGUAUUUACAGCAAACAAUAGCUUGUCAAAGAGGGAAACAUAGAUACAGUUAACGGAGACAUUGGCUAUUUGCUGGGUGGAACAAGGCAGACCUCGAGGAACAAAUCUACGUGCUAAAACCCCGCAACAAACAUGUAAACGAGAAUUCGUCCAUUCGAUGACGGAUGGACGUGAGAAUUGUUGACACCAUCAUCUGAACUAUCCGUUGCAUUUGUACAGUUUUCAUGCAUACCCAAGAACAAUGUCGAAAGUCAAACACAAACGUAGAACGUCUAAAAAGAGUCCACCAAUGGCCUUCUCUAGUGACUCCCCGUCAGUGGACAGUGUAUGGACAGUCGAUAUGGGAGUGCAUGUUGAUAAGACUUCCCCAGGUGGAUCUAAUUCCCAACAGUUUAGCGAUGUUUCAACAGCGGAAACAGGCAACAUCCCCCGAUAUCUAAAUACCCUUUCUCACAACACUGAUGUAUCGCCUGGACACUCGGGACAGACCACGUCUGAAAGUAUUUCAACAAGAAAGAGAAAGAGGGAUGAAAGCGAUUCAGGCAGACGAGAUAAUCCUAAAUAUCGACGGCACAGGAAACAAUCAACAGGGGCUGAUAGAGACAAUGUUGCUACCAAAACCGAGAAGAACAGAGCAAACACCGAGGACAGCAACGUUACUGGUAAGAGGAAGAGAGAUGACACAGAGCCACAAAAUAAGGGGAAACAUAAAUCCCGAGGAAGCAACAGACACACAGGAGGAACUACUGUUGACCAUGUAACCGCUGUCAGCCAAACUGCCGAGGGCACACGUUAUACAGAUUCCACGCCAAACAGUCCCGUGCCUGUGAUGGAUUUUGAUAAACCACUGCCACACAUGGUCAUAAAGGCAGAGCCAAUCUCAGAUGACCAAUACACUCAUGGAGCACACGAGAGUUCAUCAGAUAGACGUAAACGUUAUAGCAAGAGGAAACAUAGAAAAGAUUACCAUCAACAUAGAAGGAGACGAAAUAAAAGUCCUCCCACAAACAAAAAUAUGUCCGAGGGUACAAGCAGUCACGUUGUAUCCGGCAGUGGAAAUGAGACGUCGUUGUCUGUUACUAAAUCAUGUUCAUCGGUUUUUGGAAUAAAAUUGAAGACAGAACAAGUGACUAUUAAGGAAGAACAAAGGUCAGACCCCGAUUACAGUAGUUCAGGAGAAUCAGAAAACACUCAACAACAUGGAAUAAGAGAGUCAUCGAGACUAUCAAAAUUGAGAUCCAAUCCGCAGAGAGUAAAGCUUGAGCGGUCAUCGGUAGUAAACACAUCCGUUAAGCGAGAACCAAGAACAGACCCUCAUUACAGCAGUACGGAAGAGCCUGACAGCAAAAAUCGACAUUGGAAUGAAGAGACACUUAGGCAACCGGAAACAAGUUCAAAGCCGCAAAGUGUAAAACUGGAGCUGUCAACGGUAAACACAACCGUUAAGCGAGAACCAAGUUCAGACCCUCGUUAUAGCAGUACGAGAGAGCACCCAGAAACGAGAUCCCAGCAUCAGAGUGUUAAGUUGGAGCCAUCAACGGUAAACACAACCAUUAAGCGAGAACCAAGUUCAGACCCUCGUUAUAGCAGUACGAGAGAGCACCCAGAAACAAGAUCCCAGCAGCAGGGUGUAAAGUUGGAGCCAUCAACGGUAAACACAACCAUGAAGCUAGAACCAAUGUCAGACAACUUGUCUAGUAGUACGGGGAUACAUGACGAGAAUGGCGCUGUUGGUUUUUCCGAACAAGCAAGGACAUCUUUACAGCAGCAAAAUGGACAAGAUGCUAUAUCUGGAAGCACUGAUGAUGACGACGAUGAACGCGAGUUUCAGCAGUUUAGAUUGAGAAUGGCAAGGCGGACGGAUGCAAAGCAACAUCUGAAAGACACAUGCAGCGAAAUAGAGAAUUAUGAAUUCUGUACUAACGUCAAAGCGUAUCUCAAUAAUAUACUGGAGAAUCUGCCACCAGAAGAAUAUGACCGAACAGCUAUAAUGACAGAGGAUCCAUUCUUUAAUGAACGAAUGGUUAGAAUCAGGGAUGAGCCUUUCUUAACGACGCUAUUUGCAAUGUUACAUCAUCAAGGAGUUAUCACCCGGGAAGAUAUAUGCUGUAUCAUGCACCCACUGAGCAGUGGUUCAGCUACAGUAUUCAAUCUUGUAGAAGUACUGAAGAGGAAACCAAAUGGCCGUAAAGCAUUUGAAACGGCUGCACAAGACUGUUUACAAGAGGAACUUCUUCAUGAAGAUCUUUUUGACUUGGCACGAUUUAGUCAAUCACCGACCUUGUAUUACGGAGACUUACCAAAACUUGAACAGUAUUUUGCACACAAAUACAGCUCCGAAAUAGAGAAUUGGAAAGACAAUAAAUACAGUUUGUUACACAAUGCCGCUGCCGAAGGGAAUUUCACUCUCUAUAAACAAUUGGAAAUGUUCUUUCUUCUAUUGAAAGACGACCAGGAAAAACAUUUAUAUAUCCAACGUCAUAGAGAUGCACAAAAAAAUACGAUUUUACAUGUUGCGGUUGAAUGCGGUAACGAUGAAGUGUGUGGCUAUUUAUGCAGUCAAUAUCCAUUCCUUACCAGAUGUCGUAACGUUAUGAAUCAGGAACCGAUUCACCUUGCUAUCGCAAAUAACAAAACGAACACAAAAUGUCUGAAACAUCUUAUGGAAAGCAAUGGCAGCACAUAUCCACAAGUUGACAGCGUUAUUAAUGGAGUAGCGGCACAGAACAUUCAACGUUUGCUCGUCCUAGCCUAUACACGUGACAAUGUCGAAGCUGUGAAGUAUAUAUUUACAAAAUACCCUUCUCUCAAAUCUCAGAAGGGAUUUCAAGGAAGAAUGCCAAUCCAUUCUGCUGCCGCGUGUGGUGGUCUUGAGUGUUUUAAAUAUAUAGAACAACUGCUACUAACAGGCAUUGACAGUGAGCACAAGUGCACCAUCAUGAAAGAGUUGACAGAGAACAACUGCAGCAACAUUUUACACAUUGCAUGCGAAUCUGGCUCCAUCGACAUGAUCAGCUACAUCAUACAGCAGUACACUCAGUUACUUCACAGUAAGGGUCAUCGAGGACGGGAGCCGAUUCAUUAUGCAGUUCAAAGGCAAGGAUCAUUACAAUCAUUUGUAAACGUAUUUGAUGCUUUAAAUGAGAACAGAACAAAUGCGCAGAAGCUGGAUUAUCUGAUAAAAGCCAGAGACCGAAAUGAAGAUAUUGUUUUACACCUAGCAUGUUUGCUAGGAAGAACGCAUAUUGUCAAAUAUUUACUUACAAGAUACCCAUCCCUAAUUGAAGUAAGAGGAUUCAUGGGAAGACAACCAUUGCAUCAUGCAGCAUCCAAAGAUGGAUCCAUUGGAUGUUUUAAAUUUAUUUUGGAUACUCUGUUCCGAAAUAAAACUGUUGAUGACCAGUUGGAUUAUCUUAAAAUAGCAACGGAUUAUCAAAACAACACUGUUCUGCAUCUUGCAUGCUUAAGGGAAAGGAAGGACUGUGUUAAAUACUUUCUGAAAAAAUACCCGUCACUCGUUGACGUGAAAGGAUAUAAAGGAAGACACCUAUUGCAUACAGCGGCGAACAAAGAUGGAACCUUUGCAUGCUUUAAGUAUAUUCUGGAUAUUGUACUUGACAAAACUGUUGAGGAUCCAAUUGCGUAUAUAACGAAGACUAGGGACGAUGAGAGAAACACUGUUCUACAUGUGGCAUGCUUAGGUGGAAAAAAGAAUAUUGUUGAAUAUCUACUCACAGAAUACCCGUCACUCGUUGACGUGAAAGGAUAUAAAGGAAGACACCUAUUGCAUACAGCAGCGAACAAAGAUGGAACCUUUGAAUGUUUUAAAUAUAUUCUGGAUAUUGUACUUGCCAACACUGUUGAGGAUCCAGUGGAGAUAUGA